UUAUUCCUUCGUGUCUAGGAUGGCUUUGGAAAUAAUGUGAUUGGUACUUGUGUUGUUGAAAUAAUCCCAUUUAGAAAUACCCGUGAUGUCGAAUUUGGCCAGUAUUGUUACUGCUAGGUUCCCGCAGGCGGAUUCGCAUAUCUUGGACUACAUUCUCGGUGUACUUGAUGGUGGCUCAGAGGAAUUCAUCUCAUCCGACUGCAUCUAUGAUGCCGUCGGUGACAUGUUGAUGGAGGUCUCAGGAGACGAUGGCAGUGAACACGGAAUCCGCAAGAUAUGCGAAGAAUUGUUCAGAAUCCUCCGCCCCUCUGAAAAAUCGGAGUCAAUCAACGGAGAAUCCGAUACUUCGGCUGUGAACAAGAACCUCGUUCGAAAGCUCGAAGCUCCUGUCCAUCUCGCCACUGCCGCAGCCGUGGCUGCAGAAGGCGACGACAAUGGUCAAGACAUGUCCAGUAUAUGGUAUGGCCUAGUUGGGAGGAAUGGACUCGGCAAGACGACCCUGUUGCGGAUGUUGUCGAACCGCCAAGUCGUCAUCCCCGGACAUAUUUCCAUUCUCCACGUCGAGCAAGAAGUGGCAGGUGACGACACGACAGCUCUGGACAGUGUUUUGGAAUGUGAUGAACGCAGAACUGCGCUCUUGGCUGAAGAAAAGAUGCUUGUGGCUAAACUCGCCGCACUAAGUGUCAAUACUGCGUCCAAUGGUGAUGAGCAACAGCCACCAGCUGUUGACCAGAACGACGCUUUAGGGAAAUCAAUUGGCGGUCAAGGGGAUCCGGUGUUGAAUGCGAGACUGAAUGCAGUGUACGGGGAAUUGGAGGAGAUGGAAGCGGACAAGGCCCCCGCGAGAGCCGGGUCCAUUCUGGCCGGCCUGGGUUUCCCUCCGGACGCGCAAACCCGACCCACGAAAUCCUUUUCCGGCGGCUGGCGCAUGAGACUCGCCCUCGCCAGGGCCCUGUUUGCCUGUCCCGACCUCUUGUUGCUCGACGAACCCACCAACAUGUUGGACAUGAAGGCCAUCAUUUGGCUGGAGAACUACCUGAUCACGUCGUGGCAGUCGACGAUCCUCGUUGUUUCUCACGACAGACACUUUUUGGACACUGUUCCUACGGAUAUCCUGCAUUUACAUUCCAGGAGGAUCGAUUGCUACAAGGGCGACUAUUCCACGUUUGUUCGGACGCGUUCGGACCGUCUGCGGAACCAGCAGAAGGAGUACGAGGCCCAGAUGCAGGCCCGGGCCCACGCCCAGGAAUUCAUCGACAAGUUCCGGUUCAACGCCAAGCGGGCGUCGUUGGUGCAGUCCAAGAUCAAGAUGCUGGAGCGGAUGCCGGUGUUGGUGCCGGUCGAGAAGGAGUCGGAAGUGGCGCUCAAGUUCCCCGACGACGCCUGCGUCGGACUCUCGCCGCCGAUCCUGCAACUGGACGAGGUGUCGUUUGCCUACGAAGGCACCGGCAGGACCAUUUUCUCGGGCGUCAAUCUCAACGGGACCAUGCAGUCGAGGAUUUGCAUUGUGGGUGAUAAUGGUGCGGGGAAAACGACGCUGCUGAAGAUAAUUCUGGGGGAAUAUUCUCCGACAUUGGGAAUGAGGACGGCGCAUAGGAACCUCAAGUUUGGCUACUUCGCACAACAUCACGUGGAUCAACUCGAUCUGAACGUCUCUUGUUUGCGUCUUGCGGAGAACAGGUUCCCUGGACGGCCUCAGGAGGAAUACAGACGGUUACUGGGAUCAUUUGGCCUCUCUGGGGACCUGGCCCUGCAGCAAGUGGCGUGUCUCUCUGGGGGCCAGAAGUCGCGGCUGGCCUUCUCUCUCCUCGCGGCCUCGUGUCCCAACUUCCUCAUCCUGGACGAGCCCACGAAUCACUUGGACAUUGAGACGAUCGAAGCCCUGGGCAAGUGUCUGCUGACAUUCGCGGGCGGGGUUUUGCUGGUGUCCCACGACGAGCGGUUGGUGCGCAUGAUUUGCAACGAGCUCUGGGUCUGCGGCAACGGGACAGUCAGGUCCCUGGAGGGCGGCUUUGACGAGUACCGGCGACUGGUGGAGAAGGCGAUUCAACAGCAGCAGGCGCCAUCUAGUGGUGGCAGCGGCAGCAGCAAUAACAACAAUGCAUCGUCUAGUGGUGGUAAUAAUGGUACUGUUGGUGGUAGUGCUAUUGCCAACCAGAAACCUUGAUUAUUGUCCCACUCUCUAGGGGGUGUAAAAUGUAAAACCUUGGAAUCGCUGUGCAAUUUUCGUUUUAAUUUAUUUACAUUUCUGUGACUCCCUGAUUCUCUUGAUUAAGAGAGGUUCUUGACUCUUUCGUUCUGUUUUUGCUCUUGCAAGGAUGUCCAAUCAAUCACUUCUAUAUAUAAUGCAGAAUCCUGCCAUAUCAGCCUAUCAAGUGUCUUCAUGAUUGCCAUUUGCUUCCCAUUUAAUUGAAACUUUGACACUGUGUAACUCCUGCUGCAUCACAAAAAAUGUAAGAGCAUAACAAUGCAAGUGAAGAAUUCUGAUUAAAAUGAGUUUUGGAUAAAGCAGCCAC